UUACUCAAUAGGUUGUGAAAGUGAAAGUAAAGUGAGCUGGAGAGGAGAGGCCAGUCUGCAGGUCGACAUGUUUAAAUGUGAGAGAUUCCUGAGCACCCCUAUCGGGGGAUUCAGCUUCGAGAACUGCAGCAGGAAUGCAGCUUUGGAGAGGGAGCUGCAGCAGAUGGGCUACAAACACCUGAAAGCAAAGAAGACAGGGACCACUAUCGCUGGCUUCAUCUUCAAGGAUGGGGUGAUUCUGGCAGCUGACACCCGGGCCACAGACGACAUGGUUGUUGCUGACAAGAACUGUAUCAAGAUCCACCACAUCGCCCCCAACAUCUAUUGCUGUGGUGCAGGCUGUGCAGCCGAUGCUGAAGUUACAACACAGAUGAUGGCCUCUAACAUCCAGCUCCACAGCCUGUUGACCGGGCGUAAGCCCCGUGUGGCCAUUGUUAACCGGAUGCUGAAGCAGAUGCUGUUCAGGUACCAGGGGCACAUUAGUGCAUCAGUGAUAGUGGGCGGUGUGGACUGCACAGGACCCCACCUGUAUGCAGUAUAUCCUCACGGUUCCACGGACAAACUCCCCUAUGUCGCCAUGGGUUCUGGUUCAGCUGCUGCAAUGGCUGUACUGGAGGAUCGAUUCAAACCAAACAUGGAGGAGGAAGCAGCCAAGCAGCUGGUCCGUGAAGCCAUCCUCGCCGGAAUAUUCUGUGACCUCGGCUCUGGGAGUAACGUUGACCUUCUCAUCAUCACCAGCAACAAGACCGAGUUUCUUCGUGCCUUCGACACCCCCAACAAGAAGGGCAGAAAGGAGGGUCAGUAUCGCUACAAGAAGGGGACCACUGUUGUGCUGAAAGAAACCAUCACUCCAUUAGAGAUGGAGCUGGUGGAGGAGACUGUGCAGAGGAUGGACACUGAGUGACCAGGAGGAUCCCAUCAUCUCUGCAGGAUCCAGCAAGGAGAUUGAGACGAUCAAUUUCUGUUACAAACUAAAGAAUGUUGCACCCGACAGCCGAUUCCUGCUGUGUGAUUUUGAGCACAUUGUAUCCUGAUAGAUUAUAACCCAAACAUGUUGUAUCCAACACGUGUAACGUACGAUUUAGUUUCAAAAAAUUAAAAAAAUCCCCAGGGCGGGAGGGAACGGU